CGCACGAACCACACACAUCUUAACUCUAACCUAGCGAGGCUCCGGGUGGAGGAAGAUGCGAAGUGCCAAUGCGGGAUAGAGGACGAAGCAGUAGCGCACGUUCUGCUAAGAUGUCCUCGGUGGGCGGAGAUAAGGCCGGCGAUGGAAGAGGCCCCAGGUACAAGGUGGGGGGAUCUCUCAUACCUGCUAGGAGGCUAUAGCAAG